GUUUUGGGCCUUUGUUUACAUAGCAAAUAUUCAGAGAAUUCCAAAGACAGAGAUGACUCUGAUUAAGGAAUUAGAGCAACAACCAAACCAAAUUGCUGGCCACAAAGAACUCGCUCACAAAAGUCUCCUUCAGAGCGAUGCACUCUAUCAGUAUAUACUUGAAACCAGUGUGUACCCAAGAGAGCAUGAGAGCUUGAAGGAGCUAAGAGAGUUGACGGAAAAACACCCUUGGAACCUGAUGGCUACACCACCUGACGAAGGACAACUUCUAGGCAUGCUACUUAAGCUUAUCAAUGCCAAGAACACCAUGGAAAUAGGCGUCUUCACUGGUUACUCCUUGCUUUCCACUGCCCUCGCCCUCCCUUCUGACGGAAAGAUCUUAGCUAUGGAUGUUAACCGGGAAUAUUAUGAACUGGGGUUGCCUGUGAUUCAAAAGGCCGGAGUGGCUCACAAGAUUGACUUCAGAGAAGGACCUGCUCUUCCUCUUCUUGAUCAACUCAUCAAAGACGAAAAGAAUAAGGGAGCGUUCGAUUUCAUCUAUGUGGAUGCUGAUAAGGACAACUACUUGAACUACCACAAGAGGGUGAUUGAGCUUGUGAAGGUUGGGGGACUGGUCGGCUACGACAACACCCUAUGGAAUGGGUCUGUGGUGGCCCCACCCGAUGCGCCUCUCAUGGAUUAUGUUAAGUAUUAUCGCGAUUUUGUGAUGGAGCUCAACAAAGCUCUUGCACUUGAUUCAAGGGUCGAGAUUUGCCAGCUUCCCGUUGGUGAUGGGAUUACCCUGUGCCGCCGCAUCAUCUGAUCACUCUGCUCCUUAAUUCACUCCCCUUUUACCUGCUGCACAUGGAAAAAACACAAUUUUCUACUAUUUUACCUAUUCCAUAAAUAACAUAUUGCGUGUCUGCUUGGAAGGAUUUGAAUUUUAGUCCUCUACGUAAUUACAUUCAUAAUGUUUGUCUUCCUUAAAACAAACACAUGUUUUGAAUCAAAAUCGUGUAUGUAUGUGUGGGAUAUAUAUGGAAUGUGUAAGUAAUAAUCAGCUAAAUUAUAAAUAUGUUGAAUAAAAGUGUUAUCGUAAAUUA